GUCUGAUCGUCACGUCGCGACGCGUCGGUUUGUUUCAAUUCCGUGUACGACUUUAAAGAAGAUAUCUACUCGAGUCGUAGUAAGAAGGAAGAGUGGAGAGUAGAGAGUGGAGAGAGAGAGAAAGAGAGAAAGAAAAAGAGAGAGUAUUCGACUCGCGCUACAAAAGAGAGUAUUCCCUAUUGUCUCGGGGAAACUGCCAUUUUCUAUUGUAUCUGAACAGCGCCGGCCCUGAGUUUGCUUCCUUCUACAUAGGAGGGUGCGCGCGCGUAUCUUAUCCACACACGUAGAUACACACGCACGCACACAAAGUGGGGAAGGAGACAGUGACGACCUGGAAAAUUUGGAACGCGCCGAUGCAUUUCCUCUUCCUUGCUCGCUCGGGAAACGAGUCAAGGACAAGUUCGGAAGUUACGACCGAUUUAGGAACGACCUUUUCGCUGCUCGUUUCCAGUAUUUGCGAGGAACGAUAUACUUUCGAAUUUAUUUCUCGCGUUACGUAACGGGAUAUUAAAUAUUUAUUCUAUCUCAUUCUUUGCCCAACCGCGUACGAAUGGAAAAAAUAGAGGGAAAAUUAAUUUCCCAAGAUUAUUUUUAUUUCGUCACAUACCUCGAAAAGGCAGCAAUUAUCGCGAUGAAAUAAGUAUCAAAAUUAAAUUCAACGAUUGCGCAAGAAAUAAGAGUAAUUUCUCAUUCCCACUCUUAUUACGCGCCAGUUAUAAGUGCGCUCUUUUCCUACUUUUUUUUUUACUUUUCCUUCGUGUUCCGUUUUUUCCCCCUUUUCCGUUUCGCGAAUUUGUUUCUUAAUUCAAAGAAAUAUUUUUAUACGCGAUUUUUUUUUUAUAAGCGAUUGAGUUUUUCAUAAAUAAUCGAAAGAAAUAGAACGCAAGAAUGAUCGGUUGUUCAACUUUACAUAUGCAUUCAGCGAGAUAAGAAUUAGUUUUUUUCCGCGAACACGUGACUCGAUUGACAAGCGUCUGUGUAAUAACAAUGCAUCAUCGCUUUGUAAAUUUCCUUGGCGUGAAAGUAUAACGAGAUCGAGGUGACUAGAUCGAGGCGCAAAACGUGGCGCAAGGUCCGCGUCACGUACUCGUUUACCCUUCUUCGAUCGCGAACCCUCGACAGAUGUUUCAAAGCCGACCCUUCGCCGAUCCGAGAAACGAGCCCUGUCGUCGGGUUUACGGCUCGAUUAGGACUCACGCGUUCAACACAUGUCGCGUGAAACGAUAUGCACGCAGACCGGUUGCAUAGCGUUUUCGAAUGGUAAUCACAAUCGCCUCGCCCAGAUAAAUUUUCGCGAUACGAUUUCACCGAUAGGAUGCGCGCGUCUUUCGAUCGCGGUUGAACUAUACGCAUGGAGAUGGUUUUCGAUUAAUAGGGAGAGGUAUCGAUUAUUCGAAUCCCGGCCAUCCAAUGUCGAGAAAAAUUCGUAUCUGGCGUCCAAGAGUACAAAUCCCACGUAAGAGUACGAUCCUACGUUAUUACGCAUAAUUUUAAAUUUGAAAAAUACAUCGUUUGCACAGAUGCACCGGUUAGCACAGCGCGACUCGUUCGUCGACUAUCGAUCCCGGCCCGUUAUCAAUUACACGGUAUAUUUGAACAAUUUUCCGAUAAACGCGGAACGACACCUGGUUCGACUCGACUUUUCGAUUCUUACCUCUCGACGAACAUUCUUUUAUUCUAUCUUUACUUACUUACUUACUUACUUACUUAUUCGUCGCACGAUAAAACGAAGCGGUGGCCAAGUUUUCGAAGGCAUGGAAAUCCGAAAUUGAAUUCGCAAAAGAGGAGAACGCGAAUCCUUUCUUUCUUCGAACCGACUUCUAAUUCGAUCCUGUCCCCCCUCCCUUCCCCCUAUAUCCAGUAUUCAAAGAGGGUGAAAGAGCGAGAAGAGCCCUUUCCCCACGUUCUGUUAUUCACCCCACGUUUUAUCCACGGUGUCCGGAAGCGUGAAGCGUGGGACACGCGUGCGAGCCUUGUGCGGCGCAUCGGGAAACAUGGACAGGGAAGGCAGGCGCGAAUCGAAUAGAAUCGAACGGAGUCGAAUCGAACGGUGUGGAAUCGAAUGAGUGGAGAGAAGCGUUAGUGAGGGAGCGGAGUGGCGCGCGCGCUCGGCUCCGUGUUGCACGCGGCUCCGCCGUAUUGUGUAUACGGAGUUGGAUUUCGAGGAUCGAUCGUGGACGGUACGGGACGACCGACAGUCAGGUACAGUCAGUCGUUUCGAGGCUACCGAGCUAAACGGGUGUCGUUCGACGUUCAGAGCCGCGCCGGUUCUGCCCUCUUCCUCUUUCUCUUCCAAACUGUUAGCCUGCUGUUCGUCGUUCGACCGCGCGCCUAUCUCGCUUCUCUCUUUCUCCUCGCGCGAUUACAGUGCACGCUUCUCUUCGGAGACCAUGAAGAGUGUCGUAAAGACGGCGUCCAGUCUUCUCGCCUUGGCAGUGAUCCAGUCUGUCAUGUGCGCAUCCGUCACGGAAACCGUGGCCAACUUCUUCCCCGAGGUGGAAGGAAACCUCACCAAGAUCACUUGGGCCCACGCCGUGAACAACAAGACAAUGUUGAACAAGACGUUGGAAGGAAACGCGAUGAUGCUGGAGGCAGACGUCGUGCUUGGCAAAGUAACAGGACAGGACGUUCAACAACCGAUAAUGGCCCAUCCACCGGCGAACGAGAGCGAUCUGUCGCUCGAGAAUUUCCUCAACACCGUGAUCGAGAGGAAGGGGAUCAAGAAGGGCGUAAAGCUCGACUUCAAGACCGUCGAGGCGUUCAACGCGAGCAAACCUAUCCUGGACAAGGUUCGCGAUAACUUGACAUUCCCCGUGUUCCUGAACGCCGAUAUAUUGGAAGGACCCACUAAUGCAACCGCCACACCGGUCGACCCGAAAUUCUUCGUCACCCAAGCGAAGACGUAUCCGAAAUACACUCUGUCGGUCGGCUGGACUACGAGCUACGCGAGCUCGGAGAACAACACUGAGAAUAUCGACCGAUACACGGAACAGCAAGUUCAACGGAUGAUCAAUACUCUGAAAGAGCAGCAAGUUACCCAGCCGGUAACUUACCCCGUAAGAGCCGGCCUCGCGGCCAACGAUAUAAACGUGAUGAAAAUGUUGAUGGAAAAUUCGACCGGGUCGGGGAUCAAGAACGCGACCUUGACCGUGUGGUCGAGCGAGGGGGACAAGGUGAACGCGGAAAAGUUGUCGCAACUGAUACGAGAGAUAGGGGUCGAGAAGGUGUACGUGGACGUGCCCAAAGAGCUGAUGGACAAGCUUCGACUGUCGGCCGCAUCCAGCCCGAGGCCGGCCACUCUCGUGCUGGCCGCCACGCUUUUCCUCGCCGUCUCCCUCUCCACCAUGUUGUGAACGAUCCCAACAAUUUCGCCCGCCCCGUUUCGCGCGCUUCGCUCCCGGGGACGGGCGGAGGGGGGGCGGGGGGAAGCGCCUCGAAUCGCCUUCCACGCGUCCCCUUCCCCGCGCCCCUCCCCCCGCCUUCCCCCCGUCGACGAGAGGGAAGAGGCGAGGCGAGAUCGAUGACGAGAGCCACGAAAUCGAGUCGCGGCCGAUCCGAUUUGCUCUCGUUUUUCGAACUCGUCGAGCCCCCGUCGAGCCUGUGUACUUGUUUUUUAGUACGGUAGCGUUAAGCUUAAGUCCGCGAAACGGACUUUUUUCUAAGUAUUCUAAGGAAGCUUUCCUCUAGAGACACAGAUUAUUAUACAUUAUACAUUAUUAUUAUUAUUAUUAUUAUUAUUAUUAUUAUUAUUCCCCUCGCGACCACCAUGCUUUCGAUCGUCAAUCUCGAUGUUUCUACUUUUUUCUUCUUCUUUUUCUUCUUUUUCUUUUCGUCUUCGUUUUUUUUCUUUUCCUUCUCGCGAUCCAUAAUUUUAGAGAGAAUCUUUUUUUUUCGAACGAGAAUCAUAGAACGAGGCGAGGCGCAUUUCUCCUUUCGUAUCUCGAUUUUUAAGAUAAAAAGGAUUAAAGAAGUAAUAAUAAUAAGAUAGAGUAAGUAAGAUAUAAGAUAUGUAUAAGAGUAAGAGGCAUACCUAAGGCGGAAAGAUUCGCAUCGAUAGAUUUUGCUUUGAUAAUAAUUAAGAAAGAAACGUUCCUUGUUGUUUACCGUUUCUUUUUUUUUCUUUUUCUUCCUUUCUUUCUUUUUUUUUCCUCGAUGUAUUCUACACACACACACACACACACACGUACACGCAGACACACAUACACGCACACGUUUUAAUAUUAUUUUACAUCUCGUACAACGCAAGCGAUGUAAUCGAUGACCGCGGUACGAAUCGAUCGACGGAUCGAUCGGAGGAGAGAUCCGGUUCGAGAUCUUUUUUCGCGUCGAUACUCCGCGAGGAAUCGUACGUAGUGCGUUAUAUCGUACCUAUUUAGUGUUCAUCGACGUAUCUCCUGUACCUGCCUUCGACAUAUCUCAGACAUAGUUUCAGGAACAAGAAAUGCAGAGUAAUAAGAAACGAACAAAAAAAAAAAAAAAGAGAAAAGAAAAGAACAAAACGGUAUUAAACUUUAUCGAAGCUGUAACGCUGUAUGUCUGCAAGCCAAAGGAUUGUGAACGCGAUUGUGAAUACGGUGCACCCGCGCACCGCGUUUGAUAACGAAACAAUAAAAUUACGCGCAAAAUUGA